AUGGUAGAGUUGAAGAAACAAGUGAAAGAAAUGGAAGAAGAGUUGGACAGGAGAAGAAACCUUCAUCACAAAAGAAAGAAAGAAGAUUCAAAAGAGUGUCAUGUAUGUGACAUCGAUGAAGAAGAAGAUGAAUAUGAAGAGAUUGAUGAACCUGAAGAGGAAAGAAAGAAAGAAGAGGCAAAAGAGUGUAAUGUAUUUGACACUGAAUAUGACGAAGAUGAUGAAUAUGAAGAGAUUGAUGAACUUGACGAUGAAAGUGAGAGUUAUCCUGAAGAGAGUGUGCAUGGCGCAGUGCAAGAUGGUGUUCCACAGCUGGAUACACAACAAUACUUUUCUAAAAUGCAGCAAAUUAUGCAGAAUCCUCAGUUCAUGAACAUGGCUGAGCGGCUUUGUAGUGCUCUUAUGCAGGAGGUAAACACUCAACAAAAACUUCAAGAUACCUAUGAAACAGAACAAGAGGAACCAACAAUCAAUAGAGAAGAAACAAUCAUUGCUCAAGUCCCAAUAGUAUCAGCUACAAGACUACAAGAAGUAGAGAUCCCAGAGGAUGUGAGGGAGGAAGUAGAAAGGUUCAGAGAAAUGUUCACACCGCUGAAAAUUCCACUGACAUACACUGGUAGACAACAGGUAGAAGAUUUUGAGACUGACUCGAAUGAAUAUGAAUGGGAUUUAGUUCACCUCUUAGACACAUCCACUACAAAAACUCCAGAAGAGUCUACUACCACCACAGAUGAUACUUAA